GCCGGUGGCAAUCCGUCCUGCGGGCGCUUCUGACAAACGCGCUCUCGCGGGCUGGCCUGGUCCUCUCGUCGUCGUUCCCCCCUGCCUGGCUCUCGUCGACCAAGCCCUAUCGGUCCAUUUGCUACGAAGAGCUACUAUCUCAAGGUCCGGGAGGCGCGUGACUAGCAAACUCGAGGCUGGGAACCAGUCGGACCGAGUCACACACGAGUGGCAGUGGCUGAAUAGCAAGACCUCCGAGGCGGCUGUGGAUGCACUCGAGGGCUAUCUCUCUGCUCCGCCGCUCAUCUUUGGCUUCAUCUGUACUAUACUCGGCAUCAUUUUCCUCGAGAUCUCUCAGAUCCUGCACCUCGAUGGCGGCCCAGCAGCCACCCUGGUCUCUUCCGAAACGCAAGGAGGAUGAACCUGUCUUGAAGAUCUAUAACUCGCUCACGAAGUCAAAAACAGAGUUUGUCGCGAUCAACGGGCGACAUGUGAAGUGGUACAACUGCGGGCCGACCGUCUACGACGCGUCACAUAUGGGACACGCUAGGAACUACGUGACCCAGGACGUGCUGAGGCGUAUCAUGACCGACUACUUCGGUUAUGAUGUGCACUUCGUCAUGAACAUCACGGACAUCGACGACAAAAUCAUCCUCCGAGCUCGUCAAUCGUACUUGGUCAACAAGUUCCGCUCCGAAACCACAGCACUCUCGCGGGAUCUAGUCACCCAGCUGGAGACGGCGUGGACGGACUAUGUGCAGUCAAAAGUGAGCAAGGGCUUGUCGGAUACGGAUAGGCCGGGCAAAGGCAAGGAGAAGGAGGCGUGGCCGCAGCUUGUGACGCGGUUCCAGGACAAGGCGUGGAAGCAGGAGGGCCUGAAGAGAGACGAGAAGUUCGAGAUGCACUUUUCCGCAGCACAUCGGACGUAUGCGGCACUUCUAGUGGCGGAAGAAUCCCUGCGGGCGGGGGAUUCCUCGCAGCAGCUCGCACACACUCUGAUUGACGAAGCCCACGAUAUUAUUGCCAUUUCGCUGGACAAGCAGCAUGGCAGUUCCGUGACAGAUCACUCCAUCUUUCGAUCCCUCGCUGCAUACUGGGAGGACCAAUUCUUCAACGACAUGCGCCGGCUGCGUGUACGAGAUCCCGACACUCUCACUCGCGUGACGGAGUUUGUACCGGAGAUUGCUUCGUUCGUUGAAGGCAUCGUGAAGAACGGCUACGGCUACGUGGUCGACGGUAGCGUGUACUUCGACACCCGGGCAUUCGACAAGGCGGACGGACAUUACUACGCCAAGCUCGAGCCCUGGAGCAAGGGUAACCGGGAGUUGCUAGAAGAGGGUGAAGGUGCGCUGACAGCAACGACAGGCAAGCGCUCGCCGGCCGAUUUCGCGCUGUGGAAGGCAUCGAAACCUGGCGAGCCUUCUUGGCCAUCUCCAUGGGGGCCUGGACGCCCCGGGUGGCACAUUGAGUGCUCGGUCAUGGCGUCAGCGAUCCUUGGGGAUAACAUGGAUAUCCACUCCGGCGGAAUCGAUCUCGCCUUUCCACAUCAUGAUAAUGAGAUGGCGCAGUCUGAGGCCUACCACAAUUGUCCCGCGUGGGUAAAUUACUUCAUCCACACAGGUCACUUGCACAUCGAAGGCCUCAAGAUGAGCAAGUCGCUGAAGAACUUCAUUACAAUUGAUGAAAUCCUUCAGAAGUACACCGCGCGACAGCUCCGGAUUGCAUUCCUGACUCAGCUCUGGAAUGCGAGAGUCGACUUCUCAGAGGCGUUGAUGACAGGCGAGGUUCGGACCAUCGAAGCGACGUUCAACAAUUUCUUCACCCUCGUGAAAGCCCUUGUCACCCAAGCAGACGCGGAGGGUGCCCGACUGGACGGCAAGAAUAGGUUCGGCGACGCAGAGCACGAGUUGACGAACAGUCUCCAUUCCAGCCAAGAUGCGUUCCGAGCUGCCCUCUGCGAUUCGUUUAACACGCCGGAGGCACUGAACGUGCUUCGGGAACUCGUAUCUCGCACGAACGUGUACAUUAACUCUCGCGGGAAGGACCUUGAGGUCAGCGUCGUCGUGCGAGUCACGGGCUGGGUCGGCAAGAUGCUCCGCAUGUUUGGCCUAGGCGAAGGAGAGACGUCGGAGAUCGGUUGGGGGCAAGAGCGAGACGCGGGAGAAGGAAGCGUAAAUCGCGAAGAGAUUCUCAUGCCGUACCUUCGCACGUUGUCGACGUUCCGUGAUGGAGUGAGAAGGCUAGCCAUUGCGAGGGGCGACACGGCUCUAAAGGACAUUCUCGUGCUAUCGGAUAAACUGCGGGACGUCGAUCUGGUCCCGCUUGGGGUUGCCUUGGACGACCAGGACGACGGCAAGGCUCUCGUCAAGCUAGUUCCGCCCGCCGACCUGAUCAGAGCGCGCGAAGAGAAACGUGCGCAGGCUGAGGCAAAGGCUGGAAAGAAAGCUGCGGCAGUGGAAGCAGAACGGCAGAAGCGACUACAGAAGCUCGAGAAGGGGCGCGUGGCUCCACGGGACAUGUUCAAGCCUCCACACGUUCGCGAAGGAACAUACGGGAACUGGGACGAGAACGGGCUGCCGCUCACGGACGGUGACGGCAAGGAGUUGAGCAAGAACGCAUCAAAAAAGGUGCAGAAGGAAUGGGCAGCCCAGAAGAAGCUGCACGAAGAGUUCUUGGCAUGGCAAGAAUCCGGAGGGUCGUAAAAGUACGUAGUCAUCGCCAUUGCUGUAGCGUAGUAAGGAUACUGUUGUGUGAGUGCAAGCAUGUGUGCCUGCUCCACCCAGUUCUUGUGCACAAUCGAUUUAUCUUCGGAUCUCACACAAUGGGCGGGGUGUGUAGUCGCGGGAU